UAGCACAUUCAAAUAAUAAAGUGAUUAAGAAGAGAAAUGCAAAACACUCGGAUCACGAUACUAAUAAACCCACUGAUUUUGCCGCAUUGACAAUUAAAAUGAAAGAUGUUUGCAAGGAAGCUGCAAAAGCUGUACAGGAAACAAAGAAUAUUAAAGAAUUACCAGCAGAUCUGCAAGCGUUCUUGGAAUGGUUAAUAUCUGCGAACUCUCAAGAGACCUCCAAACCUGCGGAAUACAAAUUGAGACUUCAUGAUGAUUUACUGGAUGAAGAUUAUUUGGAGAAAUACGAUAAAACAGAUCACAUACUAGAUCUCGCCACGUCAAACGAGAAGGACAUACAUAUAGAUCCCAGAUCGGAAUGUUUGGGAACCAUACAUGCAAUUCAAACUCUAAUGGAACAGUAUAAUGAAAUGAAUGAUGAGAAUAAGAGCAAAAUGACUGGGGUAAAACAAUAUCUUGAAAGUCAACUAGAAUUUCUGAACAAACAACUAACUCUUUAUGAUAGUUUACCCAACCUUUAUUCAAACCAAGCACCCAUCAGAUUCAGAAGAGACAUCACCAAGAAUAACCAACACGACAAUCACGAAAGAAAUCAAAUUAAACACAGACUAAAUAGAAAACUAAGAAAAUACAUCAAAAGUUUCGGUAUCAAACAUACAAAGACUACAGUCAGUCAUUUCGAGGCAGCUCAGAUCACUGAGCCUAGUAAAGUUGAUAAAAACAAUAUAAACAAUUUAGUAGAGAAUGAAAACCACAUAAAUUCAGAAAGGCUAAAUAAAAAACCUGUAGAAUUUAAGAAAAAUGAAUUGAAACAUAUGAAUUCUGAAUCUAGUAACAUUAAUAUAGAUAAUGACGAAGACAAAAAUAAGAAUAAUGUAGAUUUCAAAAAUGUCGCCAAAACUGAUGAAGUGAAGAAAAAAUUACCAAAUGUUUAUUUUAAAGCCUUGAAUGAAGUUAAAUUGGAUGCUCAUGAGAGUGGUCAGAAAAACUAG